CCGAAAGGAAAAGUCGUGGCAGUGGGUCGAGCAGAAGCCAUAAGGGCAGCAGUAGUGGGAGUGGGGGUAGUAGUGAAGGAGAAGGAGAGAACGGAGGGGGUGGGAGUCAAGGAGGCCACGGUGGUGGCGGAGAGCAUAAUGGCGGUGGAAGUCAUCAACGCACACCCUAAUAGCACCGGGACCUCACAGACUGAGAACCCAUUGACAACACCAACAAGACCCAAUUCACCACCAGGCCCAAAGACCACAACACCAGCUCCUACUCUGCCACCAGAGUGUGCGGCCAUUCUAUGCCCGGCCGGUUCAAAGUGCGGUUGUCCGCCUCCCUGUCCAGCCACGUGCCAAAAUCCCGAUCCUGUUUCCUGUCCCACUCCCAGCAAUUGCACCGUUCAGUGUUACGGUGUAUGUAAGCAGGGAUAUAUUUUAGAUAAGUUGGGCGGAAAGUGCGUUCCCUUGGGAGAGUGCCCAGGUUAUUGCAUAUUAAAACAUAACUACGAACAAUACUACGAGUGCAGUACCAAAGACUGUCAGCGCACGUGUAAACAGCCUAACCCUACAUGUACAGAGGAAUGCAAACAGCCGGGUAACUGGGACUGUAGUCCGGGAUAUGUGAGGCAAGCGUCUACCGGUAAGUGUGUUUAUGAAAAACAAUGUAAUCGGACGGGCAUUUGGUGUCCGUCCAACGAGAUCUGGUAUCCAUACUCUACGCGCGGUUGUGAGCGCACAUGUAAGCGCCCCAACCCUUACUGUGUGGCCAAGUUUGUAGAGCCGGGUAACUGUGACUGCAAACCACCGCUAGUCAGGGACACCAAGACGUGUCAAUGCGUGCACCGGCAGAGUCCCCGGUGCUACCGACAGGUGCAACCCGAGUAUUGGUAUGAAAAUCUGUUUCGAUAAGUAC